AUGCCGGCGCAAGCUUCUGCCCCGGGCAGCUCUCGCCAAGUCACGGAACCCCGCUCGCUGCGAAAGCGAUCCGUCAAUGCCGGCGCUGAUCCCGAAACCACGCCCACGCCCACGCCCACGCCCACGCCCAGCAAGCGACGACGACGGCGCAGCCCCUCGGCUGGGGACCUCGCCGCCGCCGAGGCGUCCCCCGACGCGCCCGAGGCCACGCCUCGCAAGAGCGGGAAGACCGGCACGAGAACGCCCGUCAAACCGCCCGCAAAGUCGAUAUUCGCGACCCCCGUCAAGAACCCGCAAGCCGAGGCAGCCACGCCCAGCAGGCGAGCCGCAGACCAGUCGGCCCGCAGAAAGAGCGCCAGGGCCCUGAUUGAGCGUGCGGUGGGCAGCCGCGCCGACGACGACGACGACGACGACGGCGACGGCGACGGCGACUACUCCAACGACACGCUCAUCAGGCAGAUUUACGAGGACAGCGACGCCCAAGACUCGGCGGACGACGGCCGGCCCGCGGACCCAAGCAGCCGCGCAGAGGCCGCCACUCCUUCCUCCGGAGCAGGGGCAGCAGGCCAGCGAGCAGAAGCGUCAGCGUCGGCAUCGGCAUCGGCAUCAUCACCGGCAGCGAGAGCAAAAAGAGCGACGUCGCCCACGCCGCCGCGCGACCUCCCCCCCCACGAGCUCUACUUUGCGCACAACAAGCCCGGCAAGCCCACGACGUCGGACCGCACGCUCGCCUCGCUGGCCCUCCUCACGCACGACGAGUACUUUGCCCUCGCGGGCGGGCAGCAGCACGAGGACCCCCACGCCGCCGACGUCGCCCACCUCGAGAACCUGCACGCCGAGCUCUUCCCCCAGUGGGCGUUUGAGCUGUCCCAGGGCUACAGCGUCUGCCUGUACGGCUUCGGCUCCAAGCGCGCCCUGCUGCGCCGCUUCGCGCACCACCUGCACCUGCACGCGGCCCGCUGCGCCCGCCGCGACAAGCUCCGCAUCGUCGCCGUCAACGGCUACGCGCGCGCCCUCGCCCUGCGCGACGUGCUGGCCUGCGUGGGCGCCGCCAUCGCCGCCGGCCCCGGCCCCGGCCCCGGCCCCGGCUCCUCCCACCACCACCACAGGCUGCCGACGUCCACGCCCGCCGCCAUGGUGUCGAGCAUCCUGGCCCAGCUGGCCGCGACGGACGUCCGGCUCGCCCUCCUGGUCAGCUCCGUCGACGCCGCGGCGCUGCGCAAGCCGGCCGCCCAGGGCGUGCUGGCGCGCCUCGCCGCCCACCCGCAGGUCAGCUUCGUCUGCUCCGCCGACACGCCCGACUUCCCGCUGCUGUGGGACAUUGCCCUCCGCUCCGCGUUCGACUUUGUCUUCCACGACUGCACCACCUUUGCGCCGUUUGCCGUCGAGCUCGACGUCGUGGACGACGUGCACGAGCUGCUGGGCCGCGCGGCGCGCCGCGUCAGCGGCCGAGAGGGCGUCGCCUUUGUCCUCAAGAGCUUGCCCGAGAAUGCCAAGAAUCUCUUUCGUCUGCUGGUCGGCGAGGUGCUUGUCGCCAUGGAGGAGGAAGGGAGGCUGGACGACGAGCCCGCGGGGGUCGAGUACCGGAUGGUGUACAACAAGGCUGUUGAGGAGUUUAUCUGCAGUUCGGAGAUGGCGUUUCGGACGUUGCUCAAGGAGUUCCACGAUCAUCAAAUGAUUACCAGUCGCAAGGACGCUCUCGGCACGGAAUUGCUAAGCGUUCCUUUCCCAAAGGAUGAGUUAGAGGCUAUAUUGGAAGACUUGAUGUCAUGA